GUCGACGGCACCAAGUCGGCUGCGCGGGAUUUGGCCCGGAGUAAUCCGCUGUGCAUCCCACUGUGUUUUGCCGUGUUGGCCUCAGUGGUACAAUCCUGGCGUCUCAUGCUGAUCACGCUGCUCUGUAUGUUCUGCGCCAACACCCUGUGCUUCGCAGCGCUGACGUGGAUAGCCGAGUCCGGCUGGAUCAUGUCUACUAGUGUUCCCAUCAUGUCUGAGUCCACGUUGAUGGCACUGACUUUUGACUACUCUCUCUUCCUGCUCGUCCGCUUUCAGGAGGAGCUAGCGCUAGGUGCCGGAUUGAUGCAGGCAGUGUCAGCGUCCAUCCGGCGCAGCGGCCAUGUGAUCCUAGGAUCCGGACUCACUUUGUGCUAUUGCUCCCUGGCGGUGCAGCAGCUCCCCCUGGAGGAGUCCCACAGUCUGAGCAUAGGCAUCCUCAUGGCGAUCCUGUGCGCAAUGUCCGUCAACAUGUUCGUCACUCCGGUCGUUCUGUUGGCUUUCCCCGAGUUCCUCAGCUUCGGGGCGCUGCGUGGAGAUUGCAUGCGGAAGGAGAACACGGAAGAGGUGAAGCACAACGAGAAUGCCAGUGGGACGAUCGUGAUGGCUGCUGCUAGCAGGUUGGGCGUCCUUCGUCAAGAGAGCAGUCGGACCUAUGACUUCGAAUCCAACGACGACGAGAAUGUGUACAUCUCCAGCUCGGAUGAAGACCAAGAGGUUGGACAGAGCCUGUCUUCUCGCACAGAGGGCAAGCUCCGCCGGCGGGCUUUGGCACAGCAGAACGUGUCCAGCUUCUGGCAGUGGUGGUCGCGAGUUUGCACGACCUCUCAGUGCUCCUUUUGUGUCGUCGGGAUUGUGAUCAUCGCCUGCAUCAUGGCGCUGACGGGUUCAACUGCCAUCCACUUGAACCUGACACAGGUGACGAUGGACUUUGCGCUCCUGGGCCCAGAGGGCUCCCAGACACUGGAGACCUUGAACCGCAUUGGCCAGGAUUUCUCCAAGGGAAUCAUGGGCCCCACCACCGUCAUGUUCGUAGCACGAGGGGUCGACUCCCUCCAAGCUGAAAGGGGCGCGAUUUACAUGCCGGAGGUGUGGAAGAGCAUGAAUUUCAUGCUCAAGUUCAUCGAGAAAGAGUUGCUUGACGGAGGACGGCUUGGCUCCAUUGCUUCGCCUGUGUACCUCAGCAGUCAUGCCCAUUCACCCAUCGAAGUGCCGGCGAAUUCCGCCAAAAGUGCGGACGAGACGCAGGUCAGUCUGACCACGAUGGUCCAGGUCCAGGAGCUGAAAUAUAUCCUCGACCAGAUGCUGAAUGCCGAAAGAACCGCAUCCUUAGCCAUGAUCACGCCGGACUUGAGAAUGACAUCCCCAGAAGCCAUCGAUUGGACAAGGCAGCUUCGCGACAUCAUCCGCGUUCAGAAUGCGAAUGCCCAGUCGCCUGUGGAUGUAUACAUGGUCUCACAGACCGCAGCCAUGAUGGAUGUUGAGGAAGGUGUCUUCGGCCGCGUGCCGAAUCUCGUCCUCUUCAGCCUCAUUGGCUGCCUCUUGAUGAUGGGCUUCCUCUUCCGCUCA